AUGAUGUUCACUUUACAAAAAGAGUAUUCCAUGACCCCUUGUAACUUUAAGGGAACUUUUAUAGGUUCAAGAAAAGGUAAGCGAAAGUAAUUAGAUAUUAAUAAGAGAAUGAGAACUGCCUAAGAAUGCUAAUUAGCUCCUCAUACUCUUGGACGUCGCAACUGAUGUGGAAUAACUGAGUGCGUCUCAAAAGCGAUGACAAUUUUUCAUACCUUCAAGUAAAUUAAUAAAUUAAAACUGUAUUAAAAACGUUCUUCUGAUUGUAACGAUUAAAGCCAGUCACCGUUCAAUACUGCAUAAAGAGGAAAGCUUAACGAAAGAGAAACUGUAAAACAGAGGAAUAUUUUACAGAGCAGUCAGCGAUAAAGAUAAAUAAAUAAAUUUUACACUAAGGAAACGUUUAAAAGAAUACUUUGGUAACGAAGUUUUCUUUCAAAUUUUGAAACUACUCCUUUAACAUAUUUCCUUUUACUUUUCCCGCGGUAGCUCAAUUUAAAUCAAGUGAUAAAGAUGCAAUGAAGCUUGUUAUUUAUUGACAUAAGCAAAGCUAUGUAACGAAUACGCACGCGUACAGAACCGUAUUUAAGUAUUUUCGAUUCAAAAAUUAUACUCAACUUGGAAUGCGUUGGAGUGCAGAAUGACGAAAACACGGAAAUGGCGAGGGCUACAUAGUAACGUAGACCUUACAAAUCCAAAAAGUUUUGUUUUAUUUUUUUCCAAGAAAAAAACAGUGAAAGAAAAACGAUUAAGGUGUUAUUCCCUCUUGAUCAGUAACACUUAAUCCUUCCUGUGACGGUCUCGUUAAAAUUGAAUGAAUGAAAAAAGAAUUGAAUGCGAGAAACGUAGUUUAAAUGUAGUAUAUCAAGGAAACCUUUCCUUUUCAGAAAUAACCAACUGUGACCAAAACAACAAAAAUACAUAAUGCCAUUCAACUACUGGCCCCGCGGCCUUACUUGAAGGUGCCUUCAGCGUUGACUCCAGAAAACGCUGUCAUGUAAACGAACCCCAAGCCUGAAGUGCUUAUUUGUUGUCAAAAACUUUUUGGGAGGUUGUAGGAGUAAAAUUUUAUAGUACCGUUAGAUUAAACUUUUUGUAUUGACAGUUCAAGAAAACUGACGGUUUAUUGGUAUAUGAUGUUAAACUUAGUUUAAAUGCGCAACGAUUUGAUGACGCGAUUCAAAUCAAGUACGUGAUAUCAUAAAUGCGCCUCCCCCGUAUUCUUUCUAUCAGUCCUUUCUGACUAUCAGUCGAUUGUUUCCCGAUUUUGUAAAGUGGGACGUUGUACAACAAUGUGAGAUAGUAUUGAAACGCUUAAAUUUCAAAGGGAUGGCCUGAAACGAUAAUACGAGGCAUGUCUGACUUAAGGAAAACCAAUUUCAGUUACAGUGUAUAAAAUUAAAAGUAUACCCGUACGUAUCUCAAACGUCGAACUCACGAAUACCCUCCAAUCUAGCUACUAAAAUUCUAGAGUAUCGUUUAGCGUGAUGUUCCACAAGAGAGUAAUAACUUAUCUUUUGGGAGUCUUAUUUGAGUAGAUUUAAUCAACUCUGAUUUAAUUAACUUGCAACCUGAUAUGACUUGAAAUCGGGACAUCUUAAAACCUGCUAAAUUUUCUUUUUCAGAAAAGCCGAGGAUAAGGGUACCGUUGAAGGAGUUGCGAACUGUACCAGAGCAUUAUCUCUGGUUUCUGCUGGAAGGUACCCCACCGAUUAACUUGACUCUAAUGAAUACAUCAAUAUCUUUGAAGGGCGGUUUGGUCAUAAAAGGAUUCCAACUAAAUCGGACGGGUACCUUUCAAUACACUCUACUGGCAGAAAAUGAAGAAGGAAGUGAUUCAAAAACGGUGGAAGUAACAGUUGUGGGUAAGGAUUCAAUACUGUUAAAUUUCAUUUCAAUGUAGAUGAUUAUAGUAGUUUGCACAAACAGUGGUGUUGGAUUUUGUUCUUAUUUUAUUCGUUGGUGAUUCACUUCCAUUCGGAGAAAAAAGAAAUGCAAGAAUAUUUAGACUAGUUGCCCUUGUACAUGUUGCGCCAUUGUUUUGAACACGGGUAAUUUGUGUCCAUUAAGGUUUGUAAACAAAAAAAGAUUUACCAAAAUAUACAAAAUUUGGGUUUCAUCCUUUGGUCAGUGUGUACACAUGAAAGUUGGUUAUUGACUUUUAAUAAUGCAUAUCGAAGUGUAUCGCUUUCUUGAGAAAUUCCCCUACAAAUUGCCUCAUUCAAGCGUCUAUUCCUUUUGCAGAUUGCAAGCAUUUGUGUAACAGUACAGGUUCGAUAACACGUUUAGGCCAAUUAACUAACGAACACGACUGUAGACGAAGCAACAUAACAAAUAACUGGAACUGCAUUCCAACUACAACCACUGAAUUGUAAGUGUAUUUUCUACUUUACCUUAAGUUAAUUGGCCUCCUGUUUUCUUAUUUUACAACUUUGGACCCCUAUUUAUGUUUUGUUAGACUAUCAAAUGCUCCAAAAUGACCCCAAAAGAAAUUAAAUAUUUUCUCACUACUACUAUUUUUAUUUUAACGAGAAAAGAACGUGGCUUUCUAGUUAUGAACGCUUUUGAAACCGACGAUCAACCUGGGACUUUCAAGUGAGGGCGUAUACAAUGCGAAACGUGCCCUUUCAUUCACAAUGUAACUGAGAAAUUUUUACGCAUUCAUCUUCUUAAACGUUAUCUAAAGCUGUGGCACGCUGUUGAAUAAGAUGCACAUGGGUCAAUCAGCGAGAUUACAGGACGACAAAUGUCAAAUUCAUCAAAACCUGAUGCAUUGUAGCGCUUUCAACCUUCCGCAUUGUUCUGAUUGUUCAAGCCACCGUGAACACAUUCAGGGUUUUUUUUUACACCAGGGAAUCACAGAGCUUUGUAAAACCUUCGUCUUUUAAAUCGCAGCCACUCAAAUUCUCCACAAAAUCAAUAAUAAACGCUGUUCUAUCGACUAAUUUAUUUUUUUUUUUACACUUUGUCAUGUUCGCGGCCUCGAAUAUCGUUGCCUUUACACACCCAUAUGCAAACACAUUCUCGAAUCCCUUGAUUCGAUCAAACUAAGGGCUUGCGCUCAAAACGUCUGCUUUUCAAUACUUUUACGGUUCUAAAAUUGACUUAAGGCCAUGUGGGACACCUAUCUAUCAGCCAAAUUUUGCUUGUGCUUCAUCUUUCAAAACGCUUAUAUGUCGGCUCUCUUAGAGGCGAUUUAGAUAUGAUUUUGCAGAGACGUUAUGAAAUGAUGGAAGUUUAGGAGAAAUGUUUCUUUUUUCGGUAGAUCACUAGAUCGCGCUUUACAGCGAUGCUUAAAGUCACAGUUGUCCAAACUAGGAAAUCGUGAUUUUAUGUCCAAGUUUGCCGGAAGAAUAGAAUACAGCACUCUGUGA